ACGCACGCACACACACACACACAGAUGCACAAUAUUUUGAUUUGCAGCAAACGAAGUCUCUCUACACCGUUCAAUCUCCAUCUCCAGACUCAUUUUUCCUUCCAUUCCACCCACAGUGGUUUGUUCUGAAUCAAACCUUUUCCUAGGUCUCCCCUUCUCUCUGAGCUUCUCUAGCCUCACAUCAUCCUGAACUUCACCAUCCCCAGGGAUUGCCCAAGCUUCUGGGUUUCUCUUUGUCCCACUCCCUCUAUGCCCAUCAGCUUGUGAUGAUGCCUGGAGCUAACACUUCUCAGGAUCCAGAGGAACAUAACGUGUUCAUUACAGAAGCCCUGAUCAUUAAGCGUAAUUUGUCCUUCCCCGAGGAUGAGGAUCUGUCAGAGAAGAUAUCCCACAGCCUGGCUGAUCUGCAGACUGUUCGCCUGGACCGGGAGAAGAUUACCAAUAUCUCCAACCUGGAGAAGCUUCAGAAUCUUCACAGCCUCUAUCUGCAAGGGAAUAAGAUCAAGCAAAUUGAGAACUUGAGCUGCAUUCCUUCCUUGCGCUUCCUAUCUCUGGCAGGAAACCUCAUCAAGCGGGUUGAAAACCUUCGUGACCUCCCAUACCUCCAGUUUUUGGAUCUUUCUGAUAAUCUGAUAGAUACACUACAACUAGAGGAGUUCCCCCAGAGCCUGCUCAUUCUUAAUCUGAUAGGAAACAGCUGCACCCACCAGAAUGAUUACAAAAAGCAGAUGAUCCAAGCCCUGCCACUGCUCCUGGACCUGGACGGUCAGCGGAUCUUAGAGCGCUGGACCUCAGAAGAUGAGGAUGAAACCUCAGUAGAGGAGAAUGAUGAGGACCUGCCAGAGCUUAUUGGCCCUUUCUGCACAGAACGAGGCUUUUUCAGGGAGCUGGAGAAGGAGCUAGCCAGGCACCAGGAGCGCAGGAAGCAGGAGGCACUGUUGGACCAUCAGCUGAGGAUGGACACCCACCCGGUCCUCACUGCCCUUCCACCACUGCUCCCAGGGCCCCCGGCUGGACAAAGCGAUGCUGCCAUCAUUAAGUGGCAGGAGCAGGAGACACCCUCAGAGUCUGUCUCUGAGCCUCCAGCCACCUCCAGCCAGAGGAGCAACAGCCAGGUUCUGCCGAGUCAGCCUAGCACUGAGCAGGCCAGGAAGGAGUCCAGAGCAGCUGUGGGUCCCAAGGCCUUUCCAACAGGGAUCUCCUCCAGCAUUGGUAAAAUGCAGGCCCGGAGCAAGAAAUGAAGAGCAGCCUGACCUGCUCAGCCAGGUCACAGGGAUGAGGAAUAGCGGUGAGGGGAUUCCCCUGCUUCCCUGAACCUUCGCCUCUGUCCCCAAUAAAGUGUACCCAGGCCUUAGCA